AUGACAGGGACACCCCUGGGGAGUCAAAGACUUGUAGAACCUGAACGAGCUGGUGACCACCCGAUUGUCGCCUAUUUCUUGGUUUUCCGUCAUCUCUGUUGCCAAGCGGACGGACAGGCCAUCGAUAUCGAACACUCUGACCAAUUGUGGCGGGAGAAACUCGAUCGAACUCGCGAUCAACGAAGGGCAUGCGUGUCCAAAUUUGCUUCACUCAGUCUCUACAAUGAUACUGUAUUCACGGUGCAUGAUUCAAGAACGUGUUGUUUUGAUAAUCUGGUCAAACGAUAG